GGAGCCCAACGAAGUAAGCAAAAAAUCCUUAUUGCAUUUAAAAACCAAGCUCAAAAUAAGAUUUGCUUUUGUUUUAAAACCCUAGGAGAUGGCUAUCAGAAGUAAGAUAUCUAGGAAUAAUUUGUUUUUAACAAACUAAUUUAUUUAUCCCAAAACGCAUUGCGCGGUAUAUGAAUCUCACUAGUAACGCCUGGGAAUUUUUCGUAUUGGGCAAAAAGAGCGCGAAGACACUCAAAAUAUGUCGGCCAAAUCACAAGUAUUUAUUUUUGUUUUUGUGGUUUUGAUUUCUGUAUAUUUAAACUUUCCCCCUCCAGAGGUAUCCGAAAGACUAAAGGAAUGGAGAAGUAGUGGAAAAUAUCUUAGUUAUGAAGGACUUGCAGUGUUUUAUAAAGAUGAAUUAGGUGCUGGUGAUAAAAACCAAGUUGUUGUGUGUAUACAUGGUUUUCCAACUAGCAGUUUUGACUGGUCUAAGAUAUGGGACUCCUUAAAAGCAAACUUUGGUCAUGUAAUAGCUUUAGACAUGCUGGGGCUUGGAUUUAGUGACAAACCUUUGGACAGGAAUUAUACAGUUGAUGAACAAGCUACAAUAUAUGAAUUAAUGCUAAAGGAACUUGGUGUGGUAGAUGUUCACAUCAUAGCACAUGAUCUUGGUGACACAGUUGCACAAGAAAUGCUAGCCAGGUAUGAGGAAAGAAAGAAUAGCCAACAAGAAAAUGUUCUAAGGAUUCAAAGUUUGUGUCUCUCAAAUGGAGGAAUAUUUCCAGAAACAAACUUUCCAAGACUAAUUCAAAAGUUAAUGUUGAUCAGUUGGCUUGGUCCUGGUCUUUCAAGAAUGAUGAGUUUUCCAAUCUUUAAAGUAAGUUUUUCAGAAAUUUUUGGGCCACAAUCCAAACCCACAGCAGAUGAGCUGUUGGAUUUCUAUUCCUUAGUGAGAUACAAAGAUGGCCAUCUUGUUGUACCAAAUUUACUUCAAUACAUCAAUCAAAGAAAAGAACACAAAGAAAGAUGGGUGGGUGCCUUACAGAAGUCUUCUGUUCCAAUUCAUUUGAUUUAUGGACCUUCUGAUCCAGUGAACCCUCCAGCAAUGUUAGAUAGGUUUAGAACCAAAGUACCCAAAGCAACAAACACAGAGCUCGCACCAGGUAUUGGCCACUAUCCUCACUGGGAGGAUCCACAGGAGUUUCUUAACAGCUACUGGAAGUUCCUUAAACAGAUCAAGAACAACACUUCAAAACUAAUGUCAAGAUAAACACAAGUUUUCAAGUCAAAGGAGGUCGAGGAUGAAAAUGUGUAAUGGAUAUGAAACUUUUGUUAUGCAAGUAUAAAUAUUGACUUUCUUUUAGUCUAGUCUAUAAAUAGCAAGACUCAAAAUGGCUUCUCCAUUAUAUAGCUUGCUAAAUAGUUUAGAGUGACUUUACUUGGCCAGUGAAAUGAAGUUGUACAUGUAUAGUUAAUACCGAAGGUAAAACAAUGGGAAUUAGUGUCUUGCAUUAUGAAUACUAGUUUUCACAUGCCAAUUAUUAAGUAAAAUUGGUCUAUCCAUGACAGACGUGACAUCAGAUAAGUAGUCUAAAGACAUCACUCUUUCAACCAUUAGACAUUUGGUCAUUAAAUUUUAUUUCAAGUGUUAAAUGAAGUCUUUAUAAUAACAUGAUUUAGAGUCUAAUUGUUAUAUCUUAAUUAACUAGUUCAGUGUUUUGGCUUUGUGCUUUUGCUCAUUCUUCAAGCCCAAGAACAAACAUCUGGUAAUGUGAUUACAGGAUUGCAAAAUUUUCCUUAUGCCUUUAUGACAAGAGAAUAUAUAUCCUACAAUCAGCAUUUUGUUUUAUAUGUCAAGCUUAAGUUACACUGUCAGGGUAAUCUAGACUAAUCCAAAACAUGUGUUACUCAAAACCAAGAUGAUAGUGAUCUAAACCCCUAAAAGACCAGAAUAGGUAGCCAGAAAAAGCAUCAAAAAGUUUGAUUCUAGUUCACUUGACCUAAUAAAAGGACUAAUUAUUUCUGAGCUGUCAUUCUCUGAUAAGACUUAAUGUCUUGGAAUGUAGAGAUAAAUUAAUAGAUAGGGCAAGUUUGUCAACACAAUUCCGAUUCCAUGGACCACCACAACUUACCACUGGAAAAUAAGAUUACUGAGCUUAAUGAAUAACAGGUUYAACAUCGUGAUCUUGACAACAUAUUUGGCCUACUAUUUGGCCUACUGUUGUAUGACAAAAGCAAAAGCUUAUA